GUUCCUAUUGGUCCACUCUAUAGAAGGAGACGGGGUAGAGAAGAUUUUUUUUUGCCGGAAGUACCCAGGGCGGAAGUUGGUGCCGGUGUCAUCAGAGGAAGAAGCUGGCUAAAGGAACAGGCGUGCUUGUGGUGAGCGGCGGCGGCGGGAGAGCGGCAGACUGGGACCCAGCAUGGCGGCGCAGCUGCUGGGCGAUCUCUGGGCCGAGGCCCCCAUGGAGAGCCGGAUUUUCUGCUCGGUGCUGCUCUUCUCCUGGGCUGUUUAUUUGUGGGAGGCGCUGCUCUCCUGGCGGCAGAGGACUGUGUACAAGACAACCACCCAUGUUCCACUGGAAUUAGGGCCAAUCAUGGACUCGGAAACAUUUGAAAAAUCUCGCCUUUAUCAAUUGGAUAAAAGUGCUUUCAGCUUUUGGUCGGGGUUGUACUCGGAGAUAGAGGGCACAGUGAUUCUUCUGUGUGGGGGAAUUCCUUUCCUUUGGUCCGUAUCUGGAAGCAUUUCUACUCGUGCUGGUUUUGGGCAAGAAUAUGAGAUUGUUCAGUCCUUGGUGUUCUUGAUGCUUGCUACACUCUUCAGUGCUGUCACAGGUCUGCCAUGGAGCCUCUAUAAUACUUUUGUCAUUGAGGAAAAACACGGCUUCAACCAGCAGACUCUGGGAUUCUUUUUUAAAGAUGCAAUCAAGAAGUUUAUUGUGACCCAGUGUAUCCUGUUGCCAGUAACAUCACUUCUACUUUACAUCAUUAAAAUAGGUGGAGACUAUUUCUUCAUUUAUGCAUGGCUUUUCACUUUAGUAGUUUCGUUGGUUCUUGUCACGAUCUAUGCAGACUACAUUGCUCCAUUGUUUGAUAAAUUCAUUCCUCUCCCUGAAGGAGAGCUUAAGCAGCAGAUUGAGGCGAUGGCAAAGAAUAUAGACUUUCCUCUGACCAAGGUUUAUGUUGUGGAAGGCUCCAAACGCUCUUCCCAUAGCAAUGCUUAUUUCUAUGGCUUCUUCAAGAAUAAGCGUAUUGUGCUGUUUGACACUCUCCUGGAGGAUUAUUCUGCACUUAACAAGGAGCACUCCGAGGAACCAGGUUCAGAGACCCAGGCGGCUGGGGGAAAUGAGGAAGAGGCAAAGGCUAAAGCCAAAAAUAAGAAGCAAGGCUGCAAAAAUGAAGAAGUGUUGGCUGUGCUGGGUCACGAGCUGGGGCACUGGAAACUUGGCCACACUAUUAAAAACAUUGUUAUCAGCCAGAUGAACUCCUUCUUGUGUUUCUUCUUAUUUGCUGUGUUGAUUGGUCGAAAGGAGCUAUUUGCUGCUUUUGGAUUUUAUGAUACUCAACCUACCCUGAUAGGCCUCUUGAUCAUCUUUCAGUUUAUUUUCUCGCCUUAUAAUGAGGUUCUCUCCUUCUGCUUAACUGUGUUAAGUAGGCGAUUUGAAUUUCAAGCUGAUGCAUUUGCCAAGGAUCUUGGAAAGGCUAAAGAUUUGUAUUCUGCUUUGAUCAAGUUAAACAAGGAUAAUCUGGGAUUUCCUGUUUCAGACUGGUUGUUUUCAAUGUGGCAUUAUUCUCAUCCUCCACUGUUAGAAAGACUUCAAGCACUGAAGGAAUCUAAGCAAGACUGAAUGAAAUAACUACUGGCUCAGAAGAGAAUGUUUGCAGUUUUUAAAGAUCCGCUUAACUAUAUUCAUUACAUUCCUGAGCACACCAUUCUGCGUAGCAACAUGCGCUGAUCAUUUGGUUUGAAAGUAUUGCCCCAAAAAUCCUGUAUUCUAUUUAUGAAAUCGAAUUUUAAAAAGAGCUGCCUUGCGGUAGUUUGGGAAGGAAUGUAAUGUAUAACAUUUUAUCUUAGAACUUGCGGGGAAAGUUUAACUUGUCAGAACCUGAAGUGUCUAUGCUUGAAUUUGUGAAAGCUUUGGAUGUGACUUUUGUACCUUUUAAGCACUUCAUCUGGAUGUUCUUCUAGUUCGGUAAAUUUCUAGCUUUCCUACCUCAUCCAUGCAAGGGGUAUGAUCCUGGAUAACUAAACUUCUCCUUCCCCCCUUCCUUUUUGACCAUUGGGAUUCAAGCAUUUAAACCAAACACUCUCUGGACUGAAAGCUUGAACUUUUUCCUUUUGCUUCAAUUUCAUACCUGCAAUCAAUAUGAAAGGCUACUUUUUACAAAGAUGAUAAAGUCACCUCUUUUCCUGAAUGGGGAAUAGAGAAUAAAUUGCAGCUGAUAAACAUCCUA